UACCCGCUAUGUAACAAAACCAGCUGAGAUGGUCAAUUGCAAAUAAUUGUUUAAAUAAAUAUAUACAGCUCUUUUUAAAGAUUUUAAAUUGUAGUAAAAUAUUCAGAAAUACUACACUUAUUUCACGAAUCAUUAUAUACAUACGCUUCAUUCCAGGGAAAGCGCAUUGCCCAUCAUCAUAAGCACAUUCAGCCGACAGAAUAAAAUUAAAUGAUGUCCCCAGAUCCUCCAAAAGGGGAUCGUACGUCGUCUGAAUCCGACAACUUGCCCCUCCCCGACGGUACAUUUGUUGCCGUGUGGGAUGACCAAGACGACAUAUUUGGGGAUGAUGGUGGUCCUUACGAACUUGACAUCGGUAGCAGUGGGGACGAAUCCGAGUUUUCCGAUAGUGGGGACGAACAGCAUGGUCAAAUUCGUCGUCAGGACAACACAAGGCCAUUGCAAAAUGACCAACCCGAAAAUGGAAAUCUAGAUGACGAAGACACGAUACAAACAGGAGCACGAGGUCACUACCAACUUCUUAUCCCCUUCCCUCCAUCAACAACCGAGUUAGUCCUCCAGGAACAGGAUGGCCCAAGAAACGAGGGCGAUGAUAAUAAUACCGCCCCUUCUGAAAUGUAUAACUUGAGCAUAAGUUCAUCUCUUACUAAUGCGGAUGAUGACGAAUCGCGUAAUUUGGCUACACAUUCCAUUCCACCUUCUUCCCUUGCAGAUGCAAAUGUAAGAUGGACUGAACCAAAAGAUGAAAUUCCGAUUUCACGUCAUCAACCUCAGCAGAAGAAUGAAGCUCACCGGGAUAUCAAUCUGACUGCGGAGAAUGUACAAGUGAUCAAAUCCAUUAUGACGAAUUUCUCGCUUCCCUCAGCAGCCGUUCCUGCGUGGGCGUCAGAACUAAGCGAUGAAGUAUUAAAACAUAAAUUAUCCGAAUGUAUCAAUGAGAAAGUAGGAAAAUCUGAUUCGGAUUGAAUUUGAAUUAUCAGUUUGCUAAUAUUACUUAAGUAAUUUUGUGGUUUUGUAAUAAAUGAUAUCAUGAUGUCAUGCAGUUUAAUGUACUUGCUAGUUUGCAAAAUGAGUCUAGUCCUGGCUAAAUUUCCUUCGAGCAAUUGAACUAAAGCUAAAAAUAAACUUGCUGAGACAUUAUAUGCA